GCCCAAUGUUAAGCUUUGUUAGUACAGGGCACUGGAGGGACACUGGAGGAAAAGGGGGUUCUCUUCGUGUUCCACUGUGCUCAGCUGGGCCAGCUCUUGCAGUGCAGGUAACUUCUCCCAGCAGCGUGCAGCAGCCCUGGUGCCCGGAAGCUCCCACCCAUAUGCCUCGGGCAGCUUCCUGGUGGAUUGCUACCAGUGCGGCCCCUCCCUGUGAAGCUUCUCUGGCAGUUUGCAAAUGUGUCAGGGAUGCUCGCAGAGUGAAUCUUGUUGAGAUAAGUGAACUACACACAAAAAUUACAAGGACAAAUGAUGAAAUGGAGUUUCUGAAGAAGAAAAUACUCCAUCUGCAAACAGAUAACACAGCUCUAGGUGAAAGGCAAGAAGAGCUAGCGAAGCAUUAUGGAAAGGUUGUCCUGUCACUCAACCAUGCAAUGAAAGAAAAAGCCACUAUCACUGUUUACAUCAAUGAGACUUAUACCAAAAUUAACUCAGAGAAGAAAGAACUAGAAUUGCAAAAAACAUAUAUUCAAGAAAUAGAGGAGCAAAUAGAAAGAGAAAGAGCAGAAUAUUUGAAGAAAAAAGAAAAAUUGAAUCAAGAGAUUGAAGAAUAUAAAAAACUUUGUGAACUUAAGAGAAAGGAAACUUUCGCAAAGAAGAAAGAAUUGGAUAAAUUAAGGCUUACAAUGACAAAAAUGAGAGAAACUGUUACUACGAGCACAGUGGUUCUUAGUGAUCACAAUUUAGAACUAGCACGACUACAGGAAUCAAUAAGACAGUGGGAAGAAAAGGUUGAAGACAUGAAGAAAUCUUGUAAGAUCCUGGAGGAUAAAAUGCUUUUUUUUAAGAAUAACAAGGAAAAACUGGAUGAUUCAUCAAAUUCUGAAAAAAGUGAAUUAUUGCUGAAGAUAAAACAGAUGGCUGAAAAGUUACACAAAUGUCAUUUAGACAACAAAGCUCUACAAGAGAAAUUUCAAACAGUUUCCAGACAAUAUAAGAUUGUCUUAAAUGAAGAGGAUAAAGUUUUCAUGCAGAAACGGAAAAUUUAUUCUGAAAAUCAAAAACAACUGGCAUUUAUAGCUCAGAAAGAAAACUUCCUAUCAAAAAGAAAAGUAGACAUCAAAAAUAUGGAAGAAGGACUUAUCACUCUCGGUGAGCUUCAUCGAGCAACAAAAGAAGUAUAUCGGAAACAAAUAAAAAUCCUGAAUGAGAACAUGGAAAGAGAAACUCAGAGAUGUAUUAUAGCUCAGUGGAAAAUAGCUUGUUUGCGAAAAAAACAUGCGCGUUGGAUCAAAAAUAUAAAAGAUGAAAUAAAAGAACUUAUAGAUAAAAUUCAAGAAGCUGAAAAUAGGCGCAAUGAAUUAAUAGAAGAGACCAGUAUUAGACAACACGAUAUCAAUGAGUUUGUGGCACAGAUUGAACAACUUACAUUAGAAUUAAAACAAGAGGAGGAUGAAUUUGUUAUCAAAGAACAAAAGUUAAUUCAAGAAUUAAGCAAGUUUGAACAAAGAUUCACUGAAGAAGCACAAAUUAGCAAAGAAAAGGAAGUUGAGUUAGUCGAGUGUCUUCCACAGCUUCAGGUGGCAGAAGAAGAAUUCACAUACAAAAACAGAAAAUUUGAAAAUCUCAUUGAAACUGUUACAGCACAAAAAAAUGAACAAAAUUUACUGAAUAAUAAUAUUUCUCAACUUACAAGAGACUUUAUAAGAUACAUUAACAACACGAAGAAUCUGAAGCAGGAGUUGAAACAGUUAAGAGAGCACGAAAGCUAUAAAACCAAAGCUCAUUUUGAAACUGUAAAAAGCUUAGAAAAUGAAAUCUAUUUACAUGACCUAAAAACAGACGCUUUGAUCCUGGAAAAUGAAAGAUUAAAAGAGUAUAUUGCAUACCUAAAGGACACCAUAGAGCAAUACAAAAGGGGAGAAGAAGACUUCAUGCACUCCUCAAGUGACCUGUCCUGUCAGUUGACAGAUCUUCAGAGGACUGUAGCCUGCCAGGCUCCUCUGUCCAUGGAACUGGUAGAAAGUGCUAAUGAAAUCUUGAGAGAAAUAAAAAAUCUGAUAGGCAAGCUGUGUGAAAGAGAUGAAAAAAUCGAGCAAAUCAGUAUUUUACUUCAAUCAGACCUUGAAGAGAUGCGUAGUCUUAUGGAACAGGAAUCGGAGACAAACUUUCUCAAAAAGAAGAAACAGAGUCCUGUUAAAGUAAUCCACAUCCCAGCAGUUCAAUGUAGUAUGAAAAAAACAUCAACGAAGAAAAGCUAACAAAAUACUGGACACAACUGCUGUGAAUUCAAAAGGUACAAAACUACAGAAAAAGAGAGGAAUAACCUGAGGAUAUCUUCAACGAAACUACC